AUGAAGAUGUCAAAGGGCGCUGCUGAGAAGAGUGAAAACGACGCAGGACAAGAAGGUGUUGUGACACAGCCUGAGCAGUUUACGACAGUGGUCGGGGUCGGCGGAGGUCGCUUUAACAAGCAGCAGUCUGGGGUCAGCGCAAUCAGCUACCUCUCAGCCCUUUCCGAGACUUUUGCUGAGAUUCGAGAAGCAGGCCCUCUAUUGCUUUCAUCGCUGUGCCUGGUGAGCGCACUGGAGGGAGCGGACAUGGCCCUGCUACCUGCAGUGUUUUACGCACUUCAAACGGAUCUUGGCCUGCAUCUGAAUGACCUUGCCACCAUGACCCUCAUCCAGGGUGUGACAUCUUCAGCAGUGGCUCCCUUCUGGGGCAUUAUCGCCGAUCGAGGCAUCUUGAAGAGGAAGACCAUCAUCAUCAUGGGCUGCAUCCUCCAGGGACUUGUCACCAUGUUGCUGUCGGUGGUCGAUCAGAUGGUCGGGAUGACGAUUCUGCGAGCACUCAACGGAGCUCUUUUGGCCUCUCUGCGCCCGGUGGCCAAUGGAGUCAUUGCCGAUGUGACGUCGGAGCAGAGACGUGGCAAGGUCUAUGGCUUUGUCCAGCUGUGCUCCAACGUUGGCUUGAUGGCUGGUGGCCUCAUCGGAACACCUCUGUCCACUCAGCUGGUCUGGGGCUGGCAGGGAUGGAGGGUGUCCUUCAUUGGCAUCGGGUCGCUGUCUGUUUUGGUCGGCCUCUUCGCCGCGUGCACGAUGACCGAGCCAGAGCGUGAGAACUCUGGAAAGUCAGCAAAGGAACGUGGUGCUUUAAGGCAAGAGCUUGGGAAGCUGCUGAGUUACUUCCGCAUGCCAACUUUUUGUGCGUUGAUCUUUCAGGGAUGGUUUGGCAGCAUCCCAUGGAAUGCGAUGGGGUAUUCCACUCUCUUCUACCAGGUUGGUGGAAUUGGUGAUGCGAAAGCCGCCAUCUUGGCAGCGGCCGGCCAAGCUUCCGGUGCCAUCGGAGGACUCCUAGGAGGCCUCAUUGGUGAUCGGCUCUCCAAGCGCUGCCCAAUGCAUGGCCGUCCCCUCACGGCACAGAUUUCUGUUCUAUGCGGCAUUCCGGUGGCAUACCUCAUCUUCAUGAUUGAUCCACCGGAAGGUGAGGGGGCCUUUUUCUACUACCUGGGGCUUGUGAUCUUCAUGGGCCUCACUGCAACCUGGUGUGGUGUCGGGGUGAAUCUGCCCAUUUUGACCGAGAUUGUGCGUCCCGAAGGGAGGUCCACGAUCCUUGCCUGGGAAGCUGCCCUGGAGAGCACAUUCGCGGCAAUCCUCGGCAAUGCUAUGGUUGGCUUCUUGGCCCAGAACGUGUUUGGAUACAAGCUUGAUGAGGACCACAAGGAGGCGGUCUCCGAUCCGGAGAGUCGUCGCGCACUGGGCAAGGCCUUGACUCUUACCUGCUUCACUCCUUGGCUGAUUUGCUGGUUGGCAUACACCUUGCUCCACUGGAGCUAUCCCAAGGACUUGAAGCGCGUAAGGGACGAGAAGAUGAAAGACAAAAAGGAAGCACGCAUGAAGAAGCAACAGGAACGAGAGGAGGCGAAGCGGGCUGCCCGAGAGGCGAGCAAAGCACAGGACGGCAGUGCAGAAGCCCUGGAGCAGACGGUGGAUGCAAGUGUGGACAAAUCCAUUGAGCAGACGGCUGGCACUGUGAUAUCUGUGUGA